AUGCGCUCCACCAACAUUUACUACAUAUACUGCACACCCAGCAACCAGGAGGCUAACCAGCAAAGAUCAGAGCAGAUGAUCCUUGCCAGAUUCAGGAUAGGAAGAGGGCCUCCUAAACUCAAAAUCAUACUCCUUCCAGGCCCCAUCCCAAAA